AUGGCGAGCCGAGGGGGCCGCGGCGGCGGCCGGGCGAACCCCGACGCUGCCCAGGCCGGGUAUGGCGGCCGCGGCGGCGCUGGUCGUGGGCGUGUUGAUGGUGGUGGCCGUGGCCGCGGGUACUACCAAGGGGAUGGGGGCGGUGAUGGUGGUGGCCGUGGCCGUGGUUACUACCAAGGAGACGGUGGCGGGGGUCGUGGGUACUACCAGGGUGGCGGUGAUGGCGGCGGGAGAGGGCGUGGGUACUACCAGGGAGAGGGCGAGGACCGUGGGUACUACCAGGGAGGCGGUGAUGGCGGCGGCGGAAGAGGGCGUGGGUACCAAGGCGGCGGCGAUGGCGGUGGCCGCGGCCGAGGACGCGGCUACCAAGGCGGCGGCGGCGAUGGUGGAGGCCGCGGCCGUGGCUACGAAGGUGCUGGCGAUGGCGGGCGCGGCCGAGGCCGUGGCUAUCAGCAGGGCGGCAACGACUACGGCGGCGGCCUUGGUGGCAGCAACUACGGCGGUGGCCGUGGUGGCAACAACUACGGCGGCCGCGGUGGCAGAGGAAGAGGCCAGAACCAGCCCGACCCCCUCGCUCUCCAAGUCGCGGGGCCUCCCCUCUCCGAGCGCUACCACACAGAGGCGGCCCAGCUCCGGGAGAAGUUCCAGGCGAUGGCCAUCAGCCGUGCCGAGCCGAUGUUCCCGGGCCGCCCUGGGUUCGGCUCCAAGGGGCAGGUGUGCGUGGUGAGGGCCAACCACUUCUUCGUCGGCCUCGUGGACAAGGGCCUGCACCAGUACGACGUGGCCAUGUCGCCGGAGCCGACCAUGACGGGCGUUUUCCGAGCUGUCAUGUCCACUCUUGUGAAGGAGCACCAGGACACCACUCUUGGCGGUCGCCUCCCAGCUUACGACGGCCGCAAGAGCCUGUACACCGCGGGCGAGCUGCCCUUUACAACCAAGGAGUUCGAGGUCACCUUACCUGACAAAAAUCCAGGUCCACCUGGGCAAAGGAGGGAGAGGAAGUUCAAGGUGACCAUCAAGCACGCCACCCUGGUCAGCCUGCAGCAGCUGCAGAUGCUCAUGUCCGGGAUCCCCACGGACAUACCUGCGCAGGCGCUGCAGGUGCUCGACAUUGUGUUGCGUGACAUCGUGCUCAACGAACGGGAUGACAUGGGGUUCGUCCCGGUAGGCCGGUCUUUCUUCUCGCGGACCGUCGAGGAUCCCAUCCAGUUAGGCCAGGGCAUCGAAGGAUGGAAUGGGUUCUACCAGAGCAUCAGACCCACCCAAAGUGGAUUGUCCCUCAACAUUGACAUGUCUUCGACUGCUUUUGUUGGAGGGGGGUCGCUGAUUGAUUUCAUCAAGGAGAUUCUUAACAGGAGAGAUCUCUCUCGCGGCAUUCAAAAUGAACUUGAUUAUGUGAAGAUUAAGAAGGCCCUCAGGGGUCUAAGGGUUGAGGUCACCCACCGAGGACAGAUGCGCAGGAAAUACCGCAUCGCUGGCUUGACAAAGGAUUCUGCCAGAGAAUUGAGGUUCCAAUUAUCGACCGGCGAAAGCAAGACUGUGAGGGACUACUUUCGAGAAACCUACAAGCUGCAGCUGCGUUACGAUUUUCUCCGAUGCCUGCAAGUUGGUACAGAACAGAAACCCAACUAUCUUCCAAUAGAGGUCUGCAAUAUAGUUCCAGGACAGCGGUACCAAAAGAAGCUGGAUGACAGCCAGGUUUCUAAAAUGAUGGCUAUAGCCUGCCAGAGUCCAGCUGGGCGUGAGACCUCCAUUCGCAAGUCUGUUCUGGAGAAUAAAUAUAACAGUGCCAAACGUGCAAAUGAGUUUGGUAUAGAAGUUGACAGCAACCCAACUUCUGUUCGGGCUAGAGUUCUGCCUGCUCCAAAGCUGAGGUACCAUGGUACUGAGUCUUGCUUCCCAGAAAAUGGGGCGUGGAACAUGAGAGGCAAGAAAGUCAUAAAUGGUGCCAAGGUUGGUAUUUGGGCAUGUGUAAACUUUUGCAAUGAGUUGCCUGAGGAUGAAGUUCGUAUCUUCUGCCACAAACUGAGUGAAAUGUCCUCCACAACUGGAGUGAACUUCAACGGUGCAAAACUUAAGAUAUUCCAUGCUCGUUCAGAUCAAGUUGAAGCCAAACUCCGUGAAGUACGUCAGCAAGCGGGGAAUAUGAAGAUUGACCUCUUACUUGCUAUAUUGCCAAAUAAAAAUGGCAGCCUGUAUGGUGAUAUUAAAAGGAUCUGUGAAACAGACAUUGGUCUGAUGUCGCAGUGUUGUCUACUUAAAAAUGUCGAGAAAUCAAGUCCUCAGUUUCUUGCGAAUGUUGCUCUUAAGAUCAAUGCCAAGUGUGGGGGGAGGAACUCGGUAUUUGCUGAUCUACCAGUAAGCCUACCAGUUGUUUGGAAAAAUCCAACGAUUAUCUUCGGUGCAGAUGUUACUCAUCCUAGUGCUCUAGAUGAUACUGCCCCAUCCAUUGCUUCUGUUGUUGCCUCCCAAGACUGGCCUGAGGUGACCAAGUAUCAUGGUGAUGUUCAUGCACAAGGUCACCGCGUAGAGCUCAUUGAAGGCCUUGAGGGCAUUGUAAAGAAGCUGCUACUUUCGUUUGAAAAGCAAUCCAAACAGAGGCCGCAGCAGCUGAUAUUCUAUAGGGAUGGUGUAAGUGAGGGUCAGUUCAGAAAGGUUCUGGAGGAUGAGAUCCCACUGAUAGAAAAGGCAUGGAAGGCUUUAUACAAUGAGAAGCCGCCAAUUACCUUCAUAGUGGUGCAGAAGAGGCACCAUACAAGACUGUUCCCAAGUGAUGGCAAAUAUCAGGACAACAGUGGAAAUGUUAUGCCAGGCACAGUUGUUGAUAGGCAGAUCUGCCACCCAACAGAGUUUGAUUUCUUCCUCUGUAGCCAUGCUGGUAUCAAGGGAACAAGCCAUCCUGCGCAUUACCAUGUGCUGCGAGAUGACAACAACUUCAGUGCUGAUGACCUGCAGUCUCUUACAAACAACCUGUGCUACACGUAUGCAAGCUGCACUCGCUCUGUGUCGACUGCUCCUCCUGCAUACUACGCUCAUAAACUUGCGUUCCGUGCGCGAUUCUACCUAGGCCAAGUCCCAGACAUGGCGUUGGAGAUAAGCGCCGGCAGUGCACCUCCUCCAUUGAUGCUUCCUGAGAUAAAAGAUGAGCUGAAAAGCCACAUGUUCUACUGCUAG